GCCCAGCGCCUGCGCCGUGCGCUUUCGGAAACGUGUUAGAGCACUUCACGGCGCUAAAAGCUGCCCUGGAUUUAUUCCUUUUAACUACAGGAUGGUGGCUGAGCGAUCAGAGGCGACAUGGAUCUAAAAUCCGAGCUGCUCAAGUCCAUCUGGUACGCGUUCACCUCGCUGGAGGCCGAGCGCAGCGGCAAAGUGUCCAAGUCCCAGCUGAAGGUGCUGUCUCACAAUUUAUACACUGCUCUGAACAUCCCUCAUGAUCCUGUAGCCUUAGAGGAGCAUUUCAAAGAUAACGACAAUGGACCCGUCUCUGAUCACGGCUAUAUGCCGUACCUCAACAAGUACAUUCUGGCGAAGGCCACCGAGGGUACGUUUAAUAAGGAGACGUUUGAUGAGCUGUGCUGGACGAUGACGGCUAAGAAGAACUUCAAGCCCAGUAUUCAGCAGGGGGUGUGUUCCCAAAGUGACUGCUUCAAGCUCUUCUGUCUGUUUAACCUGCUCUCUGAGGACCGUUAUCCUCUCGUCAUCAUCCAGCCUGAGCUAGAGUACCUGCUGAAGAAGAUCUCUACCGCUAUGAGUCAGGAGUGGGAUGGGAAGGCACUGGAGGAUCUGCUAUCCCAGGAUUCUUCUUUGCAGGAUGGCCUGUCUGUGUGGAUGUUUUUGGAGCAUCUCAGCGCAGGGCAUCUUAUGAAGGUGGACAGUAAGGAGGCCUUCAGCCUGGCACUGGAUGACAUCUUCAUGGAGAUGUACCACAAUGUACUGAAGAAGGGUUACAUGCUGAAAAAGGGGCAUGUACGUAGGAAUUGGCAUGAGCGCUGGUUUGUGCUUAAGCCAGGCAGCUUGGCCUACUACCUUAGUGAGGACCAGAAAGAGAAAAAGGGAGAGGUCCAGCUGGAUGGGAGCUGCGUGGUAGAGACCAUGCCUGAUAAAGAAGGAAGACGCUGUUUAUUCUGUGUGAAGACUCCUGGCAGGACAUAUGAGAUAAGUGCUUCAGAUCAGAAACAGAGAGUGGAGUGGAUUCAAGCUGUGCAAACAGCCCUCCGGCUGAAGACGGAGGGGAAGAGCUCAAUGCAUCAGGAGCUAAAGCUGCGCAGACGAGAGCUUCGGGAGAACAGCCAGAACAGUCAGAGGAGCGAGAACCAGAGCAGCCAAAGUGGUCAGAGAAGCCUGAGCCAGAGCAGCCAGAGUGAACAUAGUGCUGAAGUCGAGGAGCCUCAACCUGUGACUCAACAGGGAGAACCAGAGAGCAAGGAACCAAACCUGGAAAUCAUAGACAUCAUCCAGCAACACCUGGAAAUGGAGGUGCAGCGCAAGAAGGAGGAUGCAUGGGAGAAAGAGAAACAGAAGGAGAGGCAACAAGAGCUGGAGAGACAGCUGGAGGAAGCAAAUGAGGCCAGAGAGAACAUGGUGGCUGCACUGGCUAAAAUGGAAAGGGAGGUACAGCAGCAAAAGAAGAGGAUACAGGAGCUGGAACUCACACAGCAGAAGCUGGAGGAGGCGCUCAAUACACAGAUUCAGGCCCGCUUAGAGGAGGAGAGAGUCCGACAUGAGCUCGAGAGGCUACUGGAGGAAGAAAGGAAGAAGCUGACUGAGUUGAUGCUCCGUCAGAAACGCUUGGAGACUCCUGAUUGUGUGGAAACAACCCAGGAGAAAACACCUCAGCCCCAAAAAGAUGAGGAUAACAUACUCCCUCCUGCAUCCCCUGUGACCCCUCCGUCCUCUAGCCCCCAACUAACAAUGUGUCCAGCCCAGGCCAUUACAGAAACAGUGGAGACACAUGAGUACAGUGUGGAGAAAGUGUCCGAGAAUUCAUCUAAAGCCCCACAUUUGAGACAAUGGAACGUCCAGCUCAACUGCCUUAUGAAGCCGAUCACACCAGCAGACAAGAUGAAGCGUCUGUCAGGGAGGUCCAACUAUCCCAAACACGGCCAGGCGCUCACCAGCACGGAGUUCAUUGUAAAGUACCAGUCAACCGUCAGUGAAACAGAAUCCUCCAACAGCCAGUUACGAAAGAGAGAAGAGGAUGUGGUCAAACAAGAACCAAUCACGGCAUCUCGGGUUGAGGAACCACAGAAAACCAGAGAACAUGUUGAGCAGAGCAAAGACUUUGCAUAGUGAUUCACUGACACAAGCUCAACAACAAGUAAACUUUUUGUGAGAUUUGUUAUUGAUUGUAGAAGCCUUACUAUCUUACAUGAGUGAAUAGCAACUGUAGAUAUAAAUGUAUAAAAAUGUAGUUGUAGGAAUGCUAGAAUAUAGUAUUUGCAAAAAUGUGGGUCAUCUACAGUAAAGCUAGUGUGUGUGUGUGUGUGUGUGUGUGUGUGUGUGUGUGUGUAUGGGUGUGGUUGUGUUCGUUUGUGUGUGUGUGUGUGUGUGUGUGUUUAAUGGAAUACAAUGUAUAACACCAAACACAUAAUGCAAUGUUACAUAUUUCCCACCACACACAUUCUGUACUGUUGACUAACGCAACACUCAUUUAUUUACAGCCAUUUCACUAAAUCCAGACAGUACUAAUUUCUAGUUCAAGUUUUCAUUUUGUCAAAUCAGUCAGUGACACCUGACUCAUUAGGAGCUGGUAACCUUCAAGUCAAUUCUAGGAAAUUAAUUUUUAAAAAUAACUUGUAUGCAGCAAUACAACGUGUAGAUGAAUAAUAAUGAAAAGCAUUAAACUAUGACCACGGGUUUGCUCAGCCCGGAUUUACUAAUGUCUUCCUUUAGUUAUAUUCUUGUUAUUAUAUAAUCUUGUUCAUGUUGUACACCGCAUAUUUCCUGUUUCACUGUUUAUUAUCUACAUCAGCAGUUUACACCACUUGACUUAUACAGAACAAUCUGAUAGUGAGGACUGAAUUCAGUUCUACUGUUUUUUUUCCCCCUGGGUGAAGAAUGUUAUAACAUGUUAAGAUAUGACAUAUGUCUCAUUAUUUUGUGAAUUAAGUGAUUCCAUUCUUUAUCUUUUAUUUCUUCUGUUCUCUCUUCUAUGCUUCUGUAUUGAUUACUCUAGGUUUUUGCACUAGUGCCUGUUUGUAAUUCUAUAGAUGACCAGUAGAGGGGGCACUUGUUCUGAAAUUUCUUGCUUUUUGACAUUCAGGCUAAUACACUGCAUACCUAAAACCUUGGUGCCUCACUGUCAUCAUUUGUCAAUCCAUGUAGAAUAAGUCCUUAACCCAUUAUAUAUUAAGUUAAUAUUCCCCAACCACUGAUUCAAUUCAAAGACUUAGUGAAAUAAAGCAAGAGGAUUCAAGUACCAAAGAUUAUUGUCA